AUGCCCAAUCAAUUCGGCGGAAAGAAGUACGGGUCUUGGGAGGAGAUGACAAUCAUUAGAUCUCUUGACGAAUACAGAGACCAACGUAAGAGUGCGGAUACUUUAGAUGUUGAUGGCAUCCUGAAGAAGCUCUUGAAGGUUCUCACAGACGAUCGUCCAGAUGGCCAAACCAAAGAAUUCAGCGUUGCUAGCAUCGAUCGUCACGUGUACAAACUCGCAACAUCUUACGGCAAGGAGCCUCAUCUGCAGACCAGACUGAGCCUGUUCGCCCACGGAUCAGCAAGCUUGGACUUGAACAAGUUCCCGGACGGCACCUUCACAGCAGCAGAAAUUGAAGCCAACAAGGACAUCGAUGCAUGA